GUUAGUUAUUAUUUUGACAUUGUACUGUGGUCAUGGUGGGUGCUAAUUUGCUCGCGUUCGUCGUGAAGAGAUUUGAAAUACGUAAUAAACGAUAUUUAAAAUACGAAAGUGCAUUGAACCUCAAUAUAAUGAACCUAUAACUAAAUAAUUGCGCAUUCAGUUUUAAUCCUUGAAAAAGAAGAUAAUAAUUAUUAGCUAAUGAUGCAACUCGGCGAGGCUAUGCGCGAAGGUAUAGUGUUGUGUUGUUUCGAGUGACGUCACCGUCGUGAAAAAUCAUACGAUAUUUCGUUCUGCGCUCUGAUUGGUCGCAGCAAACCGUCGUCAAUCGAAUGGUGUUUCCUCGCCUCCGCGUACGAGACCGUCGCAUCCAACGGCAAUCCGUGUUUUUUCAGUUGAAAAGAAGGAAAGUUUAGGCAUUAGUUGUCUAAUAAUAGUGGAAAAACUUUGUAAAGUGCUGACUCAAUAGUGGAUUUUGUUUUGAAACGUUAAACGACACCAUGGACGAGAGAAACGGCUGGGAGAGUUUCCAGCCCGGUGAACCCUUGAGGAUGGAUAUUGAGGACAGUGUCCUCAAAGGUGAUGAGCUGGAUAUCAAUGACAUUGCGGAUAUGUAUCAAUUAAAUGAGGAAAAAUUAAUGAAUAUGAUGGGUGAGGACUUCCUCAGUAAGUAUAGCUGGGAGGAUAUGAGUCCAACUCCGGGGUUUGCAACUCCAAUUCCAUUUGCAUAUCCAUACCUAGAUUCUAUGAAUGAUUCUGGAGCUUCCGCACUAGACAUCAAGCAAGAAGAUUCUGGGUUUCUUCAUAGAAGUACUCCAGUUAUCCAACAGAAACAACAGCAGCAAAAUCAACAGCAACAAUCCCAGUUUUUUAGCAGUUUGGAAUCGAAAGAUCCGAUGAUUUCGGUCAGCAGUCCCAGUGCGAAGCCUAAAGUCGCUAUUCAGCCUGCUCCCGCCGUUCCGGUUGGCCAAACGGUCAAACAGGAACCAAUUUUAAUCCAUCAGCAACCAGUGACCACCACCACGUCAGCGCCGAUAAUUUUGACCCAAAAUCGUCCCAACAUUACAGCUAACGGAUCAACCAUUGUACUGCAAAAUGCCGGAUCUCGUACGGGUUAUUCCUACGUUAAAACUAUAGCUCCGGCCAAUACUGCUCCGACUAGCGUCCCUCAAAGCAUCCUGCCAGCAAAUGUACGCGUUCAGAAUAUUCUAACCACCAAAACGACGGUGGCUCCAGCCCCGACUACCACGGCGACCGCCAUUCCGGUCAUGCAGCAAGUAUUUACCUUCCAGAGUGGCGACAAACAGGUUCUCCUACAGGCAAACCCUACAGCCGUAAUGACAACCAACAGCCAGAAUAUUCACACCCUGGUUAACACACCGAACGGGGCGAUUUUGACAACGGGAAUUCCACUGGUCCUAGACUCGUCGGAAAAUGCUGGAAAAUUGCAGAUUAACCGUCUUCAACCGCAGACCCACGUUUCCUCUUCUGGCAGUUCUUCAAGCAGCCCACAGCCAAAGGUGAAAGAAGUGAAACGAUCCGCCCACAACGCCAUUGAGCGACGUUACCGAACGUCCAUUAACAGCUGCAUCGUCGAGUUGAAAAACAUUGUCGUCGGAGUAGACGCCAAACUGAACAAAUCGGCCAUCCUCCGGAAAGCCAUCGACCACAUUCGCCAUCUACAGAAGCAAAACAAUAAUCUCAAGCAGGAAAACAUGUACCUAAAGAUGAAGAUGACCAAUCGGAAGCAAUCGCUUAAGGAUUUGCUCGUGGCAAACGUCUCGGAUGACCUGGUACCGACGCAGUGUCCGGUAACGCCACCUCGAAGCGACGACUCCAAUCCAUCUUCCUCGCCGUCGCACCAGUCGGACAAUAGCUCGAUGCCUCCGUCGCCGUUCGGAACUGGAUCGUCCACCGGCAGCGGAGCAGCCGGUACGAUGGAGGAAUCGCUGAACGACGAAGAACUGAUGAGCAGCGUACGAGGAAUGUCCGCUCACUCGCGGUUAACGCUGUGCAUGUUUAUGCUAGCCGUUCUGGUCGUCAACCCGUUUGGCAGUUUUCUGUCGCAGCGAGGCAACGGGCUGGAGCUUGAGCCUGGAACCAGCCGGCGCAUUCUCGCUGUCGAUGAACCACUGUUUUCUUUUACUAAUUUGGCUGUCCCAAUUUUGAUAUUCUUGCUUAAUUCUGGUUUGCUGGCGUUUAGUUUGAUUAAAAUGUUGGUUUAUGGGGAUCCAAUUUUGCCGGCCCGCUCCAAGGCAUCGACGAAGUACUGGAAGCACAAGAAGCAAUCGGAUUUGGACUUCGAACGGGGUAAUAUUACGGCUUCCCUGCAGGAAGCUAAGCGUUGUCUGACGGCUUUCGGAGUUUCGAUUCCGAAGAGUCGGCUGGAAACGGUGACUACAACAUGUUGGCAAUUUGUGCGAAUGUUUCUGCACCGUAUAUACAUAGGAAGGUGGUUAUCGCGGCGAACUGGGGGUAUCUUCAAGCCGGAAUCCCAACGUAUGGAUGCGCUGAAUUCGGCCAAAGAGCUGGCUUUGUUGUUCCACCGGUUGAAUCAACUCUAUUUGGUUUCGGACGAGGUUGAAGUCAACGGUCUGAUGAUGUCGCUGUAUGCUGUUAACAUGGCGGAAGCCGCUUCCAGCGUUAUCUCCCCGGAGGAUAUGAUCGAAAUCUACAUCACGGCUGCGUUGCGUGUCAAGAAGAGCUACCCACGAUACAUGCACUAUUACUGUCGCUACUAUUUGGCUAAAGCGAAACAAGUUUACGGAGAAAGUGAUCAGACUCCGGGUAAAUUUAGCUGGGCCUUCACAUCUUACGGCUUUCGUUUCCUGACUAAUCACGCCGUUCAAUUUGAGGAUCAUUCAGAAUCGAUGUUUGCCAUGCUGGCCAACAAAGCAGACCCACUGGAGUACAUGAUGAGAGAUUACCGCGAAAACUUGCUGCAAAAGUCCAUCCAAUGUUUGGUUGGUUCCGGCCAGAUAAGUCGUAAACAUGCCAAUGCUGCUUUCGUCCAGCAAUCGCAAAUGGCAGCACUAGCCGAAGCAUCCGCCACCAGCAACAACAAAGAUACCACGAAGGACGAUCAAUCGGAUAACGGGAAGGCUUCGACACCAGCCAGCUAUCCGUACUCCGGCUGUCAGAUCAGCAAUGUGCUUCAUUUCACUCAACUUCUGCUGGACAGUCUUAGCGUGGAGAAGCAACCGGUAACCUUUGAUCGCUGCAUUCUCAGCGGCAACUGUUGCCAAGAUCGGUUAGCGCACUGGUGGUCCAGUUUGCUCAGCAUCGCUGCCCACUGGCUGCUCGGUGAAGACUCCGAAGCAGAACGCCUUUAUUUGCACAUUGAAAAUUUACCCCCAGAGCUGGCCAAAGGAGAGGACAGUCUACCGAAGGCACUAUUUGCAGCUUUUCAAGCUAAACGAGCCCUACUAAACAAACCGCACUACGACUCGAUUGUCGUUUUCCAAAACUGCAACGCCGGAAGCCAAUUCCUGGAAGAUAGCCUGACAACCAACAUCUGCAAAAGUCCGAUGCGAUUGAAAGUGCUUGCCCAGUUGUUGGCGUGUGACUGGCUUCUAGAAGCUCGCACCGCCCUGUGGGAGUCGGAUAACGAAAAGUUUCAGAGCCAGUGCGGAGAAUACGUUCCGGUGUCCGGUGUCGUGUUGGCCAAAUUCCAGAAGGAUCUGAAUUCGCUGCGCAUCGUCACGAAUGAUAUACCGAACGCCCAAUCGCGGUUGUUCCUGUACGAAGCAGUCUGCCGCUUGAUGGCCGGUGCUGCACCCGGACCGACACAGCAGCUUCUGGGACAUAGCCUGCGGCCUCGCUAUUCGCGAGCUUCAAUCAUCUGCAGCGGUAAGGACCGCAACGCCCAGCUCGAGGGUGGCCGCGAACGGGCGGCGGCACUGUACGUUGCCUGCAAGCACCUGCCGGCACCUUGCCUGUCGGCGCCGGGUGAACGGGUCAGCAUGCUGCACGAGGCAGCCAAAACGUUGGAAAAGAUUGGCGACAAGAAGCGACUGCUGGAGUGCUACCAGCUGAUGCGAUCGCUUGGUAGCGGAACCGUUACAAAUUGAAAAUGAAAUUAUUUUUAUUGACUUAUUUAUUGUCGUAGACGUGUAUGAUAAGAAUUAUCAUUAGAAUAACGUGAUUAAUACACUUGCACCGAAGCUUUUGGUGAAAACUUUCUCGUAAGCAUUUAGAGUGUAGCAGUAGAAUAAGCUUGCUUUUUUGUUUAUUUUAGUAAUACUUAAGUAUAUUUAAUAUUCUUCAACAU